AUGCCUUUGGAAACGUCCACCACCUACCCCUUGACCAAGCUGCGCCUGGAUGGCCGCCGUUGGAACGAAAUGCGCGUCUUCCAAGCGCAGAUCUCCACGAAUCCAGCAAGCUCCGGCUCUUCGUACCUGGCAAUGGGGAAUACAUCCAUUAUGUGCUCAGUUCACGGUCCAGCUGAGGGCCGCCGAGGAGAGGCGAGUGGUUCAGCUGGGAGCGGAGGAGCUGUCGUCGAUGUGGACGUCAACGUUGCGGGAUUUGCGGGUAUUGACCGAAAGAGACGGGCUGGUGGAAGUGACAGACAAUCCACAAAUAUCUCAACAAUUCUUCGAUCGGCCUUCCAGUCACAUUUGCACACCUACCUUUACCCCCAUAGUACGAUCAGCAUUCAUGUCUCCGUGCUCUCAUCCGACGGCUCUCUGCUUGCGGCUGCUAUCAACGCAUGCACACUAGCGUUGGUGGACGCUGGAAUCCCUAUGCCAGGGCUUCUCUGCGGUUGUACUGCAGGCAUGACUGGCAGCGCUUCUACACCCAAAGAUCCGCGGGAGGACGAACUUGACCCACUUAUGGACCUUUCUCUCCCUGAGGAACAAGAACUCCCAUACUUAACCAUUGGGACUACUACCAUGGUGCCUGUAGGACAGAACAAUAUGGAUGAGGACGAGGAGGAUGGAGAGACUAAAGUGGCGGUUCUAAACAUGGACUCCAAGGUACAUUAUACGUAUCUGGACUCUCUUGUUCCUGUUGCCAUCGAUGGUUGCAGAGAAAUCCGUGAGUUGAUGGAGGGUGUGAUCAGAGGAUCCCAACGCAUGUGA